GGGUAGGCAAGGCAGGUUGUAUGACAUGUGUGAGUUCCAGCACUUUUUUUAUUUUAUUUUUUUUUACAAAAAAUCACUGGUCUUAUGUCUUUUUAAAUUCUCCUAAUGACUUUUUAUGCUUUAUGUAGUCUGUUAAUAACUUUUUAAAGUUAAAUCCAUAACUUCUGUAGUUCUCUAUUAAUGAAAUUGAAGAUUUCAGAACAAUUCCUGAUGUUCUCUUUAAAAUAUGGUAAGUAUACGUUAAAGAUCAUAUUGUGGAAAUUGACUGGCUUUUGUCUUGAGCUUAACUUGGAACUUACACAUGAGCAGUUCAUGAUCUGUUCCAUGUCUUUGAUGCUAUAAUUGAUUCCCGCUCCUCCUUUUAGCAACAAUACAGUCAAUUUGAUUUCCAUGUACUACAUCUGGUGAUAUCCAUGUAGAAAGGCAUAUUUAUGUUGUUUAGUUGUUGGCUAUGUAGAAAUCAUUGGAGUGGCAGAAAUUGUGAAGUCAGUCUCCUGUUCAUUUUGGUUUCUUAAGCUAUGCAAUCCAACUACAUUUUCCACUUUCGUGUUCCAACUUUGGUAUUCUAGUCAACAAUCACAAGCAGUACAUCUUUGUUGAAUGUUUGGUCAAUUUAAUACUGAAGUUGAUCAUUAACUUCCUCUUUUUCUGCAUCGAUGGUUGGAGCAUUAGGAGCUUAAAUUCGAAUGAUUGUAAUAUUAAAGGGUUGUCCACAAGUCUAAUCAAUAUUAUUCGUCCAUUGAUUGCUUUGUAGACAAGUAGUGUUCUUGCUAUACCCUUUCUAAACAUAAAAGCAACUAUGUUUCUUCUUUGUUUUUCACGUCUUGAGCAAUAAAGUGUGAUUUUCUGAUAUCAGAAAAUGUCUGAUAUCAAUCUGUCUCAAUUCACUGAUGCCUAAGAUAUCAAUUUGUAGUUGUUUCAUUUCAUCUUUCACUGUGUUGAGCAUUCAUGCUUCUUAUGUUCCAUGAUCCUACUUGUAAUUCUAUCUAUGCAGCUUCAACCUUUCUUUCCCCAUAUGCCACCAUUAACAACUAGACAUACUGAGGCUUUAAUCUAGAUACAUCAUAAAUACCAUUAGUACCCUGAUGGAUCCUUGUUUCUUCCUCAGUAGCAUGUCAAGUGCCAUUCAACUGAGAUACCAACAUCCGGCACCAUAUCAUCAGUCAUUUUAUAUUUUCCGUUCAUAUGGUUUUCUUGGUAAAAUAUAAGAAUGGGUUACCAUUACCUUCUCCCAUGCAGUAUAAGUUAAUGCUUUUGCCAUUGUCACUAAAGUGAUCAUCUGCCUCCAGCAUCUUUCUAUGUUGCUGUUGCCCAGGGUAGGUGGCUGCACACUUUUUCUGGACAGCUUGAAUGACCUUUACACCUUGGGUGACCCUGCUGGGAAUACAUAUUCUUGGCAUACACACCCAAUGUUCUUCAUGCAUUCCUCACAUAAACAUCCCCUCUACUAUGAUAAGGUAGCAGGACUUGGGGUGGUGGAAUUAGUGGCUACUCUGAAAAGAUAUUCUUAUGUCUGUUUAGAAUGGAUAUAUUUAACACUCUGUACAGUCAUACCUCUAGACUGCCAAUAUGCAAACAAGUCAUUAAUCAUGAUAAAUCUUGGCAAUUAGUUGAGAUAAUUUCUUGCUAUUUGAUUAGGGUAACUUUUAACUUGAGUUAGACUUGAAUUGUCAAUGCCUAGAUUUAGUUUUUCUUUCCAAUGCAAUGAUGACUGAGUCAGAUAUAAAGCAGAUUAGGCAUAUAUGGCUGCAAGAAGAGACAGAAGAAAGAACAAAUGUUUGGCUGAAUUAUUUUUUUAUUCAGCAACGUUUAUUUUUUCAUACCAGACAGUUGUUCAGCAGAACCUUUCAACAUGAACAGUACUGACAAUGUGAUUGGUGGCAUUUGUGCAAUAUGUGGGGACCGAGCAACUGGCAAGCAUUAUGGUGCCUCUAGUUGUGAUGGAUGCAAAGGUUUCUUCCGACGCAGCAUACGAAAGAGCCAUGUUUACAGCUGCAGAUUUAGCCGGCAAUGUAUUGUUGAUAAGGACAAGAGAAAUCAGUGCAGAUACUGUCGCUUAAAAAAGUGCUUUCGUGCUGGGAUGAAGAAGGAAGCUGUUCAAAAUGAACGGGACCGAAUAAGUACCAGGCGAAGCACCUCUGAUGGCAGUGCUCCUCCUUCUAUUAACACACUGUUCCAGGCUGAAGUGCUUUCUCGUCAGAUUCCUCUUUCAAGUUUAAACCUUGGCACUACUGACAUCAGUGAUAAGAAAAUUGCGGGUGUUAGUGAUGUUUGUGAAUCUAUGAAGCAACAGCUCUUGGUUCUUGUAGAGUGGGCAAAAUAUAUUCCAGCUUUCUGUGAACUACGGCUGGAUGACCAGGUUGCCCUGUUAAGAGCACAUGCUGGAGAACAUCUUUUACUUGGAGCAGCAAAAAGGUCUAUGGCUUACAAAGACAUCAUUCUUUUAGGUAAUGAUUUUGUCAUCCAUCGCAACAGUUCUGAAACUGAGAUUAGCAGAGUAGCAAACCGGAUCCUGGAUGAGCUCAUUAAGCCAUUUCAGGAAAUUCAGAUUGAUGAUAAUGAAUAUGCAUGCCUAAAGGCGAUUGUAUUUUUUGAUCCAGAUGCAAAGGGGCUGAAUAACCCAAUGAAGGUCAGGAACAUGAGAUUUCAGGCUCAAAUGAGUUUGGAGGAUUACAUCAAUGACCACCAGUAUGACUCUAGAGGUCGCUUUGGAGAACUCCUGUUGCUUCUGCCUACAGUCCAGAGUAUCACCUGGCAAAUGAUUGAGCAAAUACAAUUUGUAAAACUGUUUGGUAUGGUUAAAAUUGACAGUUUACUUCAAGAAAUGUUGCUUGGAGGUGAGUAAGUUGAUUAAAUUAUGCUCACAUUUAUUAUGACUGGAGAAAAAUCAUAAAAGUUGUUGAUCUUCAAAUAAAUACCACAAUAUUGUUCUAGUUUGCCAAAGGUUUGAAUCAGUGUAACAUGGUAUAUAUAUAUAUAUGAUGGGUUCUACUCUUUGGGUCCAAGUUGUGUUUAAUCAACAAGUUCAUUGUGAUUACAGUACAUAGACUUAAA